CAGGGGGGUGACAUAGGCGAAGCUAAGCUAUGGAAGGAACGCUAAGCAGCGAGCUCUCGCGAGGGACAUUUGUAUUCGGCCUCCACCUCUGGGUUCUCAUCUGCAUUGGCGUGGGCGCCAUCAUCCUCCUCAUCCUCCUGGCGCUCAUCAUCUGGCUCACCUCUCGAUCCUCGUCCGGCAGCCACAACUCCUACGAGAAAUUCAGCUGCUGCUCCUCGUCGCAAUCGCUGCCCACCACGAUCCAGCAGCAGCGGAAAUCGUCGGGCAUCCCCAUCGUCACGAAAGAGAUCCAGGAAGUGGUGAUCGUCCCACACUACGCGCUCCACCAUAGCCCGUAUCACAAAGGGGCCCCGCUGGACAAGGUCGCGAGGUCGAUUCCCGGGGACGACGCCCCCCCAAAGAGCACCCCUACGCGCAGCUCUAGCGGGAGUAGUAGCAAUAGGAGCGCAUUCUAUGGCGAGCAGCCGCCGCCGCCCCAGCCCCAGCCCCAGCCCAAGGAGAUGGUCCAGCUGGGAUGGGGGCGAUGGUACAGCCUCAAGGAGCUCGAUCUGGCCACCAAUGGCUUCUGCGAGGACUCCAAGAUCGGCGAGGGCGGCUAUGGCGUCGUGUUUAAGGGAUUUCUCCCCGAUGGCAGCGUCGUCGCGGUCAAGAACCUGCUCAACAACACCGGCCAGGCCGAGAAAGAGUUUAGGGUGGAAGUGGAAGCGAUUGGAAAGGUGCGUCACAAGAAUCUGGUCAGGUUGCUUGGCUACUGCGCCGAGAGCUGCUAUAGGAUGCUCGUCUACGAAUACGUGGACAAUGGAAACCUAGAGGACUGGCUCCAUGGCUUUUCAUCACAGACUCAAGCUUUCCCGUGGGAGGCACGAAUGAAGAUUGCUCUUGGCACUGCAAAAGCGCUGACAUACUUGCAUGAAGCUUUGGAGCCCAAGGUGGUUCAUCGGGAUAUCAAAGCAAGCAACAUUCUUGUGGAGGGGGACUGGAACGCGAAGAUAUCUGACUUUGGCCUCGCAAAGCUUCUGGGAUCGGAGAAAAGUCAUGUCACAACCCGAGUGAUGGGAACGUUUGGAUACGUUGCUCCCGAGUACGCAAGCACGGGCUUGCUCAACGAGAGGAGCGACGUCUAUAGUUUCGGAGUCCUGCUCAUGGAACUCAUAACCGGAAGGGACCCUGUCGAUUACAGCAGGCCACCCGGAGAGGUGAAUUUGGUGGACUGGCUCAAAGUCAUGGUGGCAAACAGGCACUCGGAAGAUGUUGCCGAUCCGAGGUUGCACGUAAAGCCCACUCCACGGAUUUUAAAAAAGGCGUUGCUGGUCGCAAUCCGCUGCGUGGAUCCUGACUCGCUGAGGAGGCCCAAGAUGGGACAUGUCGUUCACAUGCUCGAGGCAGACGAGCUUCCAUACCGCCAAGAGAAAGCCCAAAGCGAGAAGCGAUCGACGUUUGGAAAUUCUCCCCACCAUCACCAGGCACCCACAAAACCAGCGCCACUGUCCAGAAGGGCCGAUGGCAAGGAGAACGAAGUGAAUGGCGGUGACAAGCACGCCAUCUACAAGCAAAACUGGAAGAAGUACGAGGUGUAGAGGAGGAUCGGGGAGAAAUAAGCGUGGAAGUUGGAGAAGAGUUUUUUUUUCUUUUUUUUUUGGUGCUGGUGUUUUCAUUUUGUUAGAGCUCUUGCAGCUUACAGCGCAAGUCAAGCAACCCCGUGGCAAUGUGGAGUUAUGUGGAUUUGGUGGGGCUGCCAGUGCGAAGAAGAAGAGCAAAAGAGAGAAACACAUGGUGUCACAGAUGAGGACGAGCGGAGGUCUCUGUCCUUGACUGGAAAGCUUUCUCUUGGAGGCGAGAGAUCAGCAGUGUUGACAGUUGGGAUUUCAGUCAAUGCUCCAUCCAUAUCUGUACUAGAAAAUCAAGGGGAAAAUUCUCUUUUCCUGAUCUUUUGUUU